AUGUUCAAAAAUCAGCUAAAAAUGCAGUGUACAGCCCUUGUAAUAAUCAUGCACUUAAAUUAUCCAUUUCAAAUUCAUCAACGGUACAAGCCCUUUAGAAAUAGUGUAGGUAUCAUGCAACAAGUAAUAACAUUUUUUAAUAGUUCAACAAAACGUAAUUUUAUUUUGAAAAAGUAUUUAAAGAAUAAUGUUUUAAGUUUAUGUGAAACACGCUGGGUAGAGCGGCAUGAUAGUGUUUUACAAUUUAAAAAGUCACUACCCAAAAUUAUUGAUGCUUUAACAGAGAGAACUAACUGGGAAGAUUUAUCAUCAUCUUCCAAAGCAAAAACACUUUUAUGCUCGAUAAGUAACUGUGAGUUUGUUAUUUCAAUAUAUUCUUUAUCUUCUGUACUCUCAGUUACAUUCCAUGCUAGUAAAUUAUUACAAGGAAUAAACCAUGAUAUAUUAUCAGCUAGUAAUGUUAUAGAUGAUAUAGUGUCUGUACUUAAAAACAAUCGCCUAAACUGUAAUACAACGUUUCAAAUCAUUUAUAAUGAAUGCAAAAUGUUGAUGGAUGAAUUGGACAUUCAUUUGAAAAUACCUAGGGUGUCAGCUCAUCAAAAAAAUAGAUCAAAUCCGAAUAAAAUAAAUAAUUGUGAAGACUAUUUCAGAAAAUAA